AUGGAGGAAUGGCCACAACAGGAAGGCAAGCUGAUUCAAUACUAUUAUGAUCAAAUAGCUCUCGUGGGAAGUGGAGAAUCACCUGCCUUCUCGCCGAGACGUUUGCAAAUCAUAAACACGAAGAGACAAUCUACCAUAUGUGAAUUGACUCCAUUUGUCACUGCAAUAUUGGCAGUCAAGCUGAAUCGAAAGAGACUGAUUGUUACUCUAGAAGAACACAUCUACAUUUACGAUAUAAGUAACAUGAAACUAUUGCAUACUAUCGAUACAUCACCUAAUCCGAAUGCAUUAUGUGCGCUAUCCCCAUCAUCAGACAACUGCUUCCUCGCCUAUCCACCAAACACAUCAGGCGCAGCCGGUGACCUCCUCAUAUACGACGCAAUCAACCUGCAAGCUGUAAACAUCAUCCAAGCCCAUAAAUCACCCCUCUCAUGCAUCGCCUUCAACUAUGACGGUACCAUGGUCGCCACCUCAUCCGAUAAAGGAACAGUCAUUCGUGUAUUCUCUAUACCAACAGGUCAAAAACUUUAUCAGUUCAGAAGAGGAACAUACCCUGCCAGGAUUUAUUCUCUAUCCUUCAAUCUGAAUAGCACCUUGUUGAGUGUGUCGAGUAAUACGGAUACAGUGCAUAUAUACAAGUUGUACAAUCAUACUGGUAAUGGAGCUGGUAGUGUGGAUGGCAAUAAUGGGUUGGGAAGUAGUGGGAAUGGUUUGUCGGGUGGUAUGGCUGCUAGUGGCGGUAGUUUUGAGGAUACUCCGAGGCGGUCUGAUAAGAAGUUUAGCUUAAAAACCCCAUUAACGAACGCAGUAGGAGCAGUAUCAUCCUACUUUCUCCCAGACUCUGUGACUGAAAUGUGGGAUCCACAACGUGAUUUCGCACACUGCAAACUACCAUCUGGCUCACGAGGAAUCCCAAACAUGUGUGCCCUCUCCAACACUGCACCACAGGCCAUGGUUGUUACAGCCGAAGGAUACUUUUAUGAAUAUAAUGUCGAUUUGGAAUUAGGUGGCGAAUGUAUCCUAUUGAAGCAGUAUUCGCUCAUGGAUAUCAAUGAGGAUUUAGUGGGUAGCUCUACUAGAUGA